CGAAUCACUGUACUGGUUUCAUAUCAAUUUGUUGUUUUUAUAGUAUAUUUCAUUGCCCCUACUUUGAUAAAAUCUAUCAGGAUGGCAUUAGUAAAGAACAGAUCUGAGCUUGAGAGUAAAAUGUUGGAAAUCCAGCAGUGGCUUGCCACUCUGCCUGGUGAUCUCCAGAACGAAUCUUAUGAGAUAGAUGAGUUUACUGUGGAGUACCUCUACCAACUUUGUCAGUCGAAUAAAAAGAAGGACGAACACUUGGAACUAAUGACAAAGGACAACUCAGAAAAAGCAGAAGAAUACUCCACUGAAAACGAUCGUAUCAGCAAAGAGCUCGCAACACAUGGUGUUUCGGAGAGUGAUUUGAGUGGUGAGUGCUUGGAAAGAUUGUUGGAACUCGCUGAUGUUGGGAACAUUCUAGGGUUGAGCCAUCCAACUUUAGAGAACUAUUUGAUCAACCUAUCGGAUCACACGACCGAAGAGUGGGAACUAAAAGACAAGUCAAAAAAGCAAGAGGUAAUGAUGAAAACCUUGUCGGAGAAUUUGGAGAGGCUGGAUCUCACUAUUGAUAAAUUAAAUGCUGAAUGCGAGGAUGCGGGUAAUAAUAGGAGCGAUGACAUCGACCUGCCUGUCGAGAUAGAGACAGCAAAAGCUCAAGCGCAGCAUUACGUAGAGAGCACUAAAGAAUUCAAGAAGUUGCUCAGUGUCAGUGGUAUCAAGAAGGAGUACACUCACGAGCACCUACAGAAGAUGUCAGAGAAAUUGUCAGCACUCUCCGCAGACAUUGAGCAAACAAAGAAGAGGAUAGCUGACUUCAAGGAGCUUCCUCCGAGUAUCCCUCUGGCUGUGGAGAAGAUCAGGAUGAUUAAAAUAGAGAUUGAAACUGUUCAGCAGGAGUUUCCUGAACUAGCUUGUGUUAGUUGUCGUGAUCUGUAAAUAUAGUUGUAGUGAUCUGUAAAUAGUUUAUCUAACAUAUUUAAUUAUUUGUAAUUAUCAAUUCAUUAGUGCUACUAGUUUUGAUAUGUACAUCGUAUAUUUUAUUGUAGCAUCGAUAGGUCAUUGCUAAAUACCCGAUAGCAUAUUGAAAUUGUUUAUAUUUGAUGAAUAAUGCUGUAAUAAUAUUUUGAAGGUCCCUGAGUAAAAUUGCAAACAAAUAAGCAAGCGAAUCAUACACACUACACAGUUUAGGUUUUUGAAUUCUUGAAAGCUGACUUAGUAUAAGACUUAUCAGCAUCAAAUUUAAAUUUGUCCCACUUCAGUGGUUGUCUGACGAAAACAUGUGCAAAAUAUAGACUAACAUUGUAUCCGUGAUAGUCACUAAAGCUGCGUACUUAUCCUUGCUGGUAGAUUUACCAUUACAAGUCCGUGGAACUACCUACCUUAUCGGACUUUAUUUGAACGGAAAUUAAUUCGACGCUCGAGGCCUUAGCGUUCAUUUAAAUGUCCGUUCAAAUAAAGUCCGAAAAGGUAGUUAAAUU